AUGAACCCAGCAGACCACAUCAACCAGACCCUUUCUGCCCAGAUGUCUCUGUUGGAGCAACAUGACAAUACGCUCAAGGCCCUCAUGGAACACAUGAAGGAGUUUUCCAUCAGCCUGGCAAGCCUGAGGACUCAAGUAAUCAACACAACGACCACUGAUAACAUUUCGGUUCCUUCUGCUGCCCCAUCGCUAGUCCUGCCUCCUCCUACCAGAGAUGUUUUUGUUCCUCCACCGGCACCGUACCACGGCGACCUGGGGUCAUUGUUACUACCUCCGUUCCGCACCGCCUGA